AUGGAUGAAAAAGUUCGUUUUAAUACAUCAAUCAAUUCACAAAUAUCUAUUUAUAAUGAAUUACUCAUCUACAAGCUAAUAUCAUCUACUUCGUUAUCUACACAUCGUCUUCGUCAUGCUCUUACACUUGUUAUGAGUAAACACUCAAUUCUUCGUACAGCAUUGAUAUACGAUCAUGACAAACUUAUAGAAAAAGUACUUCCGAAAUCAGAUGAUCUGUUCGAUCUAGAUACAACUCAUCUUAUCGACAACAAUCAUUUGAAAAAAAUUCUGUACAAUGAAGAAACAAAUCGAUCUUUGUUUGAUUUGGAGCAAGGUCGUGUAUUUCGAUGCCAUAUUCUUUAUCGAUCCCUUCAAGAAGAUAAUGACAAGAAUUUAAAACAAGACGAUAUUAUCAUUUUUAAUUUUCAUCAUGUUGCUAUCGAUCUCACUUCAAUUAAAAUAUUCAUUGAUGAUCUUCGACAAGCUCUUAAAGAGCAGAAACUAUUGAACAAUAAUGAAGACAAUAUUACAUAUAUUGAUUAUGCGCAAUAUGAACGACUAGAAGACUGGUCAAGUGCUCGACAGUAUUGGAAUAAUGUUCUAGCAACCUUAGACAAUUCAAUUUAUCAACAAAACUUUGUCAUACGAAGUGGCAAGGGUUAUACAGUAACAUUCGAUCUUAAUCAUGAUCUUGUUACUAAGAUGACUCAUUUUAUUUCUCAAUCAAAUUUGACACUUUUUCAAGUUGGUCUCGCUGUUUUUUUUGCUUUUCUUUUCAAAAUGUCCAACAGCAAGCAACUCGAUUUGUGUACAGGUAUAGUUGUAGCCAACAGAUCUCAAUAUCCACUCCAAAGCAUAAUUGGUUUUUUUGCCAAUACUCUACCCUUCUGUUUGAAAAUUGAUCCAUACGAAUCUUUUAUUCAGCUUUGUCAUCGAGUUCAACAACUUUGGUUUAAUAUUCUUCCGCAUUCACAUUUGUCUUAUCAAGAGAUUAUUAAACUUAAUCCAAAAUUGGGAUCAUCAUUUCUUCGGACUAUGUUUCUUGUAGAGACGAUAAUGGAUAAUAAUGAACAGAACAUAGAAAUUGACACAGGAACAACAUUUAGUAUAAUAGAUCGAAACUUACUAGCUGGCAAUAUCGCUAAAUUUGAUAUGACAUGUAUAUUGCAUGAACACCGUCAAAACGAGACAAUCUCUGUUACGCUCAACGCUUCACUCGAUGUUUAUGAUAAAUCAACUAUUUUCAAAAUGGCAAAUCGUUUGAAGAAUAUUUUCGAUCAACUCUUUUCUAUUUCAUCCAUAUAUCAAUUUUCACUUUUACUUCCACAUGAAGUUGAAUUAUUACGCGAUUUGAACGAUAGUUGUCUUGAUUAUAGUCAAAUUGGCUGUAUUCAUAUGAAUUUUGCUUAUCAAACUCAUUUACAGCCUCAAAAAGUGGCUGUGGUUUUAGACAAUGGAUCCAUGACUUAUGGUGAACUGCUCUACUAUGCUCAACAGUUAGCUAAUUAUUUAAUCGUUAAUUGUGCUGUUCAGUCUGGUCAAAUUGUUUGUCAAUUAAUUGAACGAUCUUUCGAAAUGAUAAUUGGAAUGAUAGGAAUUUGGAUGACUGGUAGUGUUUAUACUCCUUUGAACGUGCAUGAUUGUCGAACACGACUGAAUACAUGCAUUCAACAGACUGAUACUCAUAUCAUUCUGGUGCAUCAACAUACACAGAAUCAGCUUCUUGCCCAAGACUUAAUGAUCAAUGUUGACCAGGUCAUUUCUAUUGCUCAUAUGAACGAAGUAACAACAACAUGCAUCGAUUAUGUCAAUGUAACACCUGAAGAUAUUUCACAUAUUAUUUUCACAACGGAUCUCUCUGGAUUAGUUAAAGCAGUAAGUAUUUAA